GCGCUACUUGCACAGUCGGACUCGUAUUUCAAACCUACGAAAUUAAAGCCUGAUUCCCGCUUCACACACACCAGCGUCUCUCUCUGUCUCUCUCUGUUUUCAUGGCGUUUUGGUGAGACUGGAUCUUAUAGUCACAGUUUUACCACCAUCAGAGAUUCUUAAAAUUUAAUUUUCCUAGAGAAGGAAAAAUGGAUGAUGUAUGCAAAGAAUUGAACGAUGUCAAAGCAGAGAUGGAGAAGCUCAAGGCUGAAUACCAGAGUAAGACACAACUUUUCGAGAGCUUGAAGAAAGCUUACAAUGAACAAUUACUCAAAUGUGAAGAAACUGAGCAGAAAAUUGAGAAACAAACCCAAGAGCUAAAUGUCAAGUCCGAGGAAAUUGCUGAAGCAAGGCAAUAUUCUGGAAAGCUUGAAUCUUGUUUGCAUGAAAAGGAGUUGUUUCUUAGGAAUUUGAGUUCUGUGAAUGAGAAUCUGAAAGCUGAUUUUGGGCAGAAAUUGCAAAAUAUGGAAGGAAAAAAUAGGGAGUUGGUGCAUGCUUUAGAUGAAGUAACCACUAGAAAUAAAGAAUUGGAGCAGAAUGUGUGUGCCAGUAAUCAGGAGAUUGUGGGCAUUAGAAAACUUUUAUCGGUGACAGAGAAAAAGCUUUUCGAAGCAGAGCAAAGGAACCAAGAAUCUAAAGAACUUAGGCAGAGAGAUGAUGUAAUACUUAAAUUGGAGGAUGAAAAUGAAAAGGUUCAAGAUCAGUUAAAAUGGAAGAAAGAACAGUUUCAGCAUCUUGAAGAAGCUCACAAAGGGCUCCAAGACCAGUUCCAAAUGAAUAAGGAGGAGUGGGAGAAGGAAAAAUCAGCACUAAUCAAAGAAAUUUCUUCAUUGCAGACAAACCUGGAUUCUCAAACUAGAAUUCUUGAAGGCCUUCAAACACGUUUAGAGGCAUGCGACCAAGCUUUGGUUCAUGAAGAAAGCAGAAGAAAACUUCUGGAGAUCCAAGUAUCCGAGUUUGAAUCACGCUUUGGCAAUUUCUUUGCCCACUGUGAAGAAGAAAAGUCAGAGAUCGAAACCUUGAGUACACAAAGAAAUGUAGAGAUGGCAAAGCUAAGGAAUACACUGGGAAUAAAAGAGACACUUGCAAAGGAGAUGGCAUUUAAAAUCAGCCAUCUUGAGAAAGAGAAUCAGGAACUAAUGGAAUCACUUAAAGAACUUCAAGAGUCUCAAAUCAGAAAUGCUGGAGUUACUUCUUUAAAUAAGCUGCGGAACAAGCUUAGAGGCUUGGAGCAAGUACAUAGUCGUUGUUCCAGAAAUCUGAAAGAUAAAGAAUCUGGAUGGUUAUCUCAAAUAGAGAAGAUGAAAGGAGAUAUAAGUAGUUAUAAGUCUGAAUUGAAACAUAAAGAGGAACAGAUGAAGAAGCUUCACAUCGAUCUGGAAAGUUGCUAUACCAUCAUUGAGGUUUUGAAUCAACAGAUCCCAAUAUUACUAACAAUCUUCAAAUCAGAACUUUCAGGGGCUUACUCUAUUACAUUUGGUGCAAAUGCUGAAAUGCAGGUAAGCAACAAAGAGAAGCAAGAUAAGUUUUCUCUACUUACAGAACAGUUGAAGAUGAAAAGUAGUAAUUUAGAUAAUUUGCAACUUGAACUGUCACAAGAACAUGAGAAAGUAGAAGCCUUAAUGAAGAGGGUAGAGUCGUUAGAACUUAUGGAACAGCAAAGAGUUUUCUUGGAAGAGGAGCUUCAACAACAUAAAAGGAUGCUUCAGGAAUCAUCAGUAUGUCAAUCUAACUUGAAAGAACAACUUCUGCGUAUUGAAAGUAGAGCAAAUGAUGAUAAAAGAGAUGUUUCAGAGGCUUUAGAAAGGGCAAAUCUUGAAUUGGCUGAGAAAAUUCAUGAAACAAGUCAAUUAAAGCAUCAGUUACAGCACUGGGAAUCUAAUGCUAAAAGGCUAAAGGCAUGUGUUGAAGAAAAGCAAGAAACUUGUAGACAAAUGGAGAAAUCCCUUCUUUCACUAUCUGAUACCGUGCAAACUCUUGAGCAUGAGAAAGAAAGCCUUAUCUGCACAUCAAAAGAGCAAGAAAGGAAGAUUGAAGAUCAGCAGCAGCAUAUUAUAUUAAUGGAAUCUAGACUUGCUGCAAAAACAGAGGAAAUGGAGAUCACCCUACAGCGAAAAAACAACCUUUACCAAAUUGCUAAGGUAAUGGACUAUUGGAUAGAGAAUCAGCAAAAAGAGAUUAGUGAGGUGAAGCAAGAGUCAACGAGAAGAGAAUCAGAAGCUGCAACCCUUGCACGGUUGGAUGCAGAGAAAGCUUUUGGACUGGAGAGGGAGACUCUUUUAAAGUACAUGGAUGAGAAAGAAUGUAGAAUUAAAGCCCUCCAGUUGUUGACAUUGUCAUUAGAGCAAGAGUUGACGAGUGCAGUUACUUCCUCUUUUGCACAUGUUGUAGAAAACCAGGUAAAAAUUGAUGUGCUUACUGAAGCUCUGAAGAAAAGCAUGUGCCUGACUGAGGUAGAAACUGAAGAGAAGAACAAGAUAAUCUGUGAUUUGGAAAAAGAGGUAUGUAGCUCCCACCAUAGACUGAAACAACAGGAAGAAUCCUUGUUGUACAUGAAACAUGAAGCAGAGCAGCUUCAAUUGUUAGUGGAAACUGACAGAUUGGAAACCAAAAAAUUGGUGGAUGAACAAGAGAGAAUGGAGGGCAUAGUCAAGCAGCUUGAGUUUGAAAAUGGAGUUCUCCUGCAAGACAUCAUGAAGCUAUCGACAGAAAGGGAGGAAACUUUAAAUAUUUUUGAAGAUAUCUGUAAUCGAAUUGGUGACUUUUCCAGUGAGGAUGUAGAAAUGAUGGAUACUUUAAGAAAAAUGUUUCAGAAGUCUGAGGAAGAGACUGGUCCAGCUAAGGAUUUGAUGGUGCAUAACAAGCUCCAUAGUUCUACAAGAGAGAAUUCUAACACUUUGUCAACCACAGCAAAGAAACUUCAAGCAAGUAGCGAUGAAAGGUCACCUCUCCAAGAGGUUAACCUUUAGCAGAUAUUAAUGAAGGGAAGCAUUGAUUAUCUGACUUCGAAUGGCAUAAGUUUCCAAAAAUAUGAGGGGUAUCAGAAGGAAGUCAGAUCAGCAAUGAUAGAACUGGACAACGUCAAUCUUACAUAUGGUCCCUGGACUGUAGUUUUCGAGGUAGAACCAGCACCGGAGCAGACAUUCUCCUUGUUCCUACUUCUCUGUUGUACGUUUUAGAUAACACAAAAGAUACUAAUGUACACAAAAUUUCAGUGAUUCUUGAAUUUUAUUGUUCAUUUGAGAGAACUCAUUUGACUUUUUCACUUGCUGUGUGGGAACUAUGUAAUGUGAGCUUGUCAAGAACCUUUGAGUCCGCAUUCCAUACUGGUUUUUCCAUU